AUGUAUUUAAUGUCCUUGCGUACUUCUCUUGAGUCUUUAAAAGGCUAUCUCAUCAGAAACUCUCUUGAUGUCUCUGUUAUCGAGCAUGUCUUAGAAUUCCCUGAAAAUUCCCUUGAGCAAACGCUUAGAACCUCCCAAUACUUGAUCCAAACCAUCAAAGAGCAUGAUGCGAUUUCUUCAAUAUCAUUUGUCUUUGACACUGGCGUUCUCAAAUGCUUGAUUCAAAAAAUGCGUCACCUUGAGGCAACUCUUGGAACUCGGUCCUUAGAAGUUCUUCGAGAGUGCUUGGUAGCACUAACAUUGUUGCUCAAUAUCUCUCCGCCUUUAGAGUAUGAUCCUUAUAAGAACCCUACCGAAAGAAGAAUGGCACGUCAAGCCAUAGAUCAGAAAUCUGCACCUUACAGAUUUCGUAUGUUGGAAACUUACAAAUUUGGGGAAAUAGCUUGGAACAGAAUGUAUGCUGCUUCUUUGCCUGUAGAUGUACACCUUAAAUUUAGAGAAGUGAUUUUGGGCUUGAUACGAUCCCAACCAGAACCAACUUUGAAGAUUAUGCUCAAAUCAGGUGGCUUUGUAGCUGAACAUAUAGUACAGGCCCCAGACUUUUAUAAGGGCCGAUAUAGUGGUGUGAACGACCCUGUUUUUAUCACUCAAUCCCUGAUGACCAAAACUAUUUUGAGCAUGGAGAUUUUGAAUGAGAUAUGUGCUCCACGUUUUUAUGAUCCAGAAGUAAUCAAUAUAUUGCAAACUAUAGCUACAAAUAUGAUCGCCUCUAUCCAACAUAAUAAAAAAAUUUUACUUGACGAAACCAGAGAAAAGAAGCAGAAACCGGGGGUUUAUCCUGCAGAAGUCAUCAAGAAAACACUUCAAUGUUUUGGUAUUAUGCUUCUUACGCAAUCUGACGAGUUACUGCUCUACAUUAGAAAAAAAUUGAAGUUCUGGGAUCAUUUUUUGUAUUUAUUGGACAACAAAUAUCAUGAUAUGACUUCAAAGCGCGUUGCUCUCAGCUUUCUUGCAGAUAUGAUUCCAGUGAUAGAUGAUUCCACCCUUAAGAAAUUUGAUCCAGUGAAAUUGAAAGUCACUGUUAUGGAUUGUCUUAUGUAUCGCAUUGCACUAUCUACUAAACCGGUAGAUAUUGAUGAUACAUCAAGCUUGCUCAGAGUAUAUAGAUGGCUCAUGAGUUUGACUCCAAAGAAAAAACGGCAAAUUGCUGAACUCAAAAAGGUUGAUGUGCCAAGUUUAGUCAUAAAAGUGCAAAAGACUUUGAAAAAUCCAACAGUGUGUACCAUGCAUGAUAUGUCUGUUCGUUCAAUUCCCCUUGGCUUGCAAGCUUCAGAAAAAUCUAUUGGUGAGUUGGUCCAUUUCGUUAAAUUUUUGAUGAAAUAUUGCAAUGGUGCUCAAGAGGAAGAGAUUAUUCAGCUGAUGGUCGAAUUUCAUAAAAAGACUUCUUUCACUCAAAGAAUGAGCAUUCGCGAAUUUUUCAUCGAGGAAGUACAUGGCAACAGAUCAAAGUAUCUUGAAAUAUAUAGAUCAGGAAAAUUCCAUGAUCUCUUGCUCCUGUCCAUCAUAGAAACCAAUGAUAUACUUCGAUCUUAUACAACAUCUACCACAGAUUUCACGAUUAAUGGAAUUGAAAAUCAGAUUGAUAUGAUACAUUGCUUUGUGGAUGAUUAUCGUUCUGUCCCUAGCCUUAGCACGUUCUCAGACAUUGUAAAUCCUUUGAUUGACGCCCAUGUCUUAGAGCAAUUAUUGGAUAAUUAUGUCAAAGUAGACACAAAGACAACAAAAGCCAUAUCUAUCUUCAUGAGUGAUUUGAUUUCAAUGGAUAUUCCUAUUACAGAAGAAUUAUGUGAUAUUCUUUCUGAAUUUUUUGAUAGUAAUCCAUUGGUGGCACUCAAAGUGAGUCUCAAACUCAUUGAUAGUCUCGGAGAAUCUUUGAGAGGAUCUUUGAAAAAUAUGCCAAUUCGCAACAAGUCCGUUGAAUCAACAUCGAGAGUGGUAUUUUCAGUCAACUCAGUGAUUUCUCAUCAUCAACUCCUACAUAAAAUUGCAUCUAAUACUGCAAAAGAACCCAAUUUGACAAUUAAGUGUCUUCAUGGAAUUAUGACCACUAGCAAAAUAGCACUGAGUUCACAACCUCUGAUUCUUGGUCUUCUAAUCAAUGCAUACAAAAAACUUGAUAUUGUUACAGUAUUGGCAUCUUAUAAGGAUCCAGAGUUGAAGUACAUGGUAAGCGAUAUACUUAAUCUUCUUUGA